UAGCUCCGAGUCCUGAGAUUCUUUUUUAUGCAUUCCGAGGGCCUAGGAUCCGCCGGGUACGGUGGCCUUUGGGUUGGGCUCCCGCGCAAGGCUAGCAUUCAGCUUGUCAUCAUAUCAGGUUUGAUCUUUGCGUCCUUAGGUAUCACUCUCUGGCUUUUCACGAUAUCUCAAUUAAUGUCUUCGACUGUUUGGACGACCUGGCAUCCUUGUGGUCUGUUGAGCGGUGAACCUGUCCACCCUUUCGCCAUCAUUGUUCUAAAUCAACCGCUGAAUGGAAAGGCUCUAGACGCUGUUAUCGGGUCAGCCUCGCUCCUGGUGUGUGCCGAUGGUGGUGCCAACAGGCUGUAUACAUACGACCAGGACAAGAGAAACUUCAAGAACCGCCUUCCAGAUGCCAUUAUAGGAGAUUUCGACUCCCUCUCGAAGCCUGUCGAAGAACACUACCGUGCUCAGGGAGUGCCAGUCAUCGAGGAUUCGGACCAAUAUUCUACAGAUUUUACAAAAUGUCUAAAGUGGAUCCGGACUUGGUGCCACAAGAGUUUCGACUCUCCAAGCACGACCAUGGACGUUGUUGUACUGGGAGGCCUCGGUGGUCGUGUGGACCAGGGUUUCUCACAGAUUCAUCAUUUGUACAUGGCAGAGAACGAUGAGGCUCUCUUGAAAGGUCGAAUCUACCUUUUGUCAGAACAGAGCUUGUCAUUUGUCCUAGCUAAUAGCAACAAUCGUAUCCACGUAGUCCCUGGAUAUUUUGAGGAGAAUGUCGGUAUCAUCCCUGUUCUUGGGCGAACCAUUAUCACCACCAGUGGCCUAGAAUGGGAUGUGAACCAGUGGACCACCGAAUUUGGAGGCCAAGUGAGCACAAGCAACCACAUACGAUCCGACAAGAUCGAGAUUUCGUUCCAGGGUCCCAGACCUCUGUUCACGCUGGAACUCCACAAGACCCUGACCGCCCCUGGCUCUUGAACUCUUCAAUGAAGUGGGCAUUGUCCGUGGUCUUCUUUCCAGAUCGAUCCGCUACCACAAUUCUACACUGUUGUGCACACUUCACCGAAAGUCAGCCUCGGCUGACAGCACGACUGUUCCAGAGUCGUUGUCGCCGUCUUGUCGUCGUUGUCCACUCCGAAA